AUGAGGGCGGCUGCAAGCAAGGGAAUUGAGGCACCCACCCUGAAAUGGAUCGAAAUAUUUCGGCCAGUGUGCAAGCUGUCUCAUAGCGGGUAUAAUGUGCAGGGCUACGUUGAUGAUCUGGUCGUUGUUGUGAGCAAUGAAGACUUGACUGUUGUCAGUCGUGAAGCUGGUGGCAGUAUCUCUUGGUGGGCAUCAGUAUACCUGCCCUUCGACUUCCAAGGUGAGCUACCGCCCGAGAAUUUGAAAGACAUGGUGGAGAAGGCUCAGUCUCCCCGAACCAGCCUUAUUAUUGGGAGCGAUGCCAAUGCGCAUCAUGUAAUCUGGGGAAGCUCGGACACUAACAUGAGAGCAUCUUACUUUAAUGGUGUUGUGGCAAAAGAAGAUACAUCAUUUGUUGAAGCAUUUUUUAAAAAUGAUGAAAUUACAACAAUUGGUGCAACUAUGGAAAAUGGUCGCAUAAUAUUCCACCAUAAAAUACCAACUGGACAAGUUUGUUUAGUUUUUUAUAAAAUUCCACAUUUACAAACUUCAAUAAAUCAAUCGGAUAAUGGAUGUGAUGUACAAUUAGGAAUGUUAACUUUAGAAGGUGGUAUGGUUAAGUCAAUGUAUAAUUCAGUUUCAAGAAUAUUUUCACCACAUGUUGGAGCAAAGAAUCGUAAUGAAUAUGGACCUGAGCUAUAUGGUUUACUGCAAAAUUUGCAAACUUCUUUGAAUUCAACAUUGGGACUCCCGGAAUCUGGAAUAACAAGUGUACAAGAUGAAAUGAAUUAUUGGAAUCAAAAAAUAAUAAAUGCCUCAACAAAAUACGAUAGAGAACAAGCACAAACAUUUGCAGAAAUGUUAGAAAAAUUAAAUGAACAAUUAAACAAAAUUGAUCAAAAUAAUAUAAGCAGCAUUGAAGAAUUUUUGGAUAUUGCUCAUGGUAGUUUGGAUGAAAUUUGGAAAUUAAAAUAUCAUUAUCCACAAAAUCGUAUGGGAGAUCUAAUGGAUGUAAUAUGCAAUUUUAUAAUUGAAAUUUGCACUGAAAUUCUUCUAUUGGAAAAUAUAUGGAGUUUAAGUUCUUAUCAUGUCAAUAAUUUAAUGAGUCAAGCUAUGGAUAUAACAGAUUCUUGGUUACAAUUAUGUGAUACAUUGACUAGAUUAUUUUGGCCAAAUUAUAUUCAACAUCAAUGGCUAGGUGAUCCACAUAUACCAAAACGAGGAAAACAAUUUAAAGAACGUUUAACAGAAAUUCGUAAUAUUAAAAACUUAUAUAAACAAAUUGUAACCUUAAUCAACAUUCAAGAGAUACGCGAUCUAUUAUCGCAUAAUUCAGCUUUUAAAUCUGUGCAUAUUUUCGAUAUUUCAUCAAUUGGUCAAAUGAAAUGGAAUAAAGCAUUAAAUUAUUUUGAGCAAAUGCUGCAACCAGUUGAUGAAAGAAUAGCAAUGGCAAUUAAAGGUGAAUUGCAAAUUCAUCUUAAUAAUCCAAAACAAAUGAUGUAUAUUUUUCAAAAGUACGAUACUUUAAUACGUCGGCCGACAGUAAUGGAACUUUUAAUACCUGAAAGGGAACAAUUUUUGCAAAGUUUAACAGCAUUUAUUCAUGACUUACGAAAGACUAUGAAUGAUAUAAAUGUAGAGCCUAAUUCGAGCCCUUUGUCGACCUUAUGCAAUGAAUGCCGCUGGUUGAAAAUUAUUCAAUAUCAAGUAAGCGAAAUUGAUAUCGUAAGUCAUUUGAUAAGCGGCAGAGAUGGUUUUGAUAGAGCUAAUCAGUUGGUACAAGAACUUAAAGAAGAAGUCGAUUCGCUUUUAAGAACCAAUUUUGAAAUUUGGUCUGAACAGUGUUCAUCGGGUAUUAAAAAUGGAAAGCUACGACUUCAUGAAGAUCAACCGGUUGUUAAAUUUGAAAGUGAAGGUCGUCAGCUAAUGGAAGUUACUUUUAAUCCAGAAUUGAUUACACUUUGUGCUGAUGUACGUGAAUUUCAAAAUUUGGGUUAUACAAUUCCAAUUGAGUUACGUGUUGUUGCCGAUCAUGCAUCAAAAUUUAUUAGUUACGCUAGACGUCUUCAACAAAUUGCAACAUUUCACAACACAAUUGGUGACCGUAUGAUACCAUGUCAACGGCCAAUAAUGCUUCAAAAUGCUGUAGAAUUUUCAAGUUUAGUUAAAAGUGAAUCAGUUGCAUGGAAUGACGAAGAAUCCGUUGAACGAUACGUUUCAACUUUACAGAGUGCAGUUACAAAAUUAUCUGCUGAUAAUACUUUAUUAGUUGGAUAUCAUGAACAAGCCAAACGUAUUGUCAUAAAACUAAUGAAUACUGAUUUAUUAAAUGAAAUUCAAACUUGGAAAGAAGAAAUGAAGCAUUUAAGAGAAUUAGUUGCAAAUUUGGAACGACAAGGAUACACAAAUUUAGAAGCAUUCAAUUUACAUUGGGAUCAUCAAUUAUAUAAAGUUUUAGAAUACCAAUACAUAAUGGGAUUGAUCGAUAUGAAUAAUAAAUUACCCGAUAUCAAAAUUGAUAUAAUAUUUAGACAACGUCAACUUCAAUUUCGGCCAUGUGAAGAAGAAAUCCGCGCAAAGUAUUAUACGGAAUUAAGACGAUUUAUUGAACGACCCCUUGGUUUUAGAGGACUAUCUGAAAACAGUAGUGAUCUUUUUAAAGUGAUGGUUGAAAGAAAUCGUCAUUAUUUAGGUCCAUUAUACCAGAAAGCAAAUGAACUUUUUGAGAAACUAAAUGAACUAAAAACCUUGUGGUUACCAUUAGUAUCAUUAGGGUGUGUGGACAUUGAUCAAUUAUGUACUGUUCACUUAAACAAGUGGGAAGAUUGGGAUACUAAUUUUAAAGCUUGUAAAUAUUUUAGUCAACAAAUUGCAAAGUUACAAAGUACUGAAGAAGUAAUCGAUUGCUUUGUGGUAAAUGUAGUACCAUUACAGUCAGAUAUUGAAUUCAUAAAUCGACGAUACUGGGAGUCAUUGGCAAAUAGUCUAAGAAUAUCAAUUUUAAAUGAUAUAUCAGAAAUUCAAGAGUUCUUGCAAUCAUCUUUAAAAUUUUUACAAAAUGUUCCUAUGCAUGGAGCCUUAAUUGCUGAAUCUGGUGCAAGAUACGAAAAAAUUGUAGCUGAAUAUCCAAAAAUAUCUACGGUUUUAGAGAGAGUAAAAGGUAAAGACACCUGUUUAGCUGGCUGGUGUAAAGAACGAGUCUCAGCCUUAUCAAAUAUUUUGAACCAGUGGGAGAAAUUGCAACCAUUAAUUGAAAAUCAUUCAGUUGUUUUACAACGCCAAGUUGAUAUUAUGAAAGAUCAUAUCAAAACAAAAAUUUUUAAUAUGACUAAUGAGGUUGAAAAAUUUAUGCUCAGAUGGGAAUCCUCAGUAACUGAACUAGAAAAUAUGGACGAAAUAAAUUUGGAUUUAUUUAAAGAUCGUCAAGAAAAUUGGAAAUUAAUUAAGGAGCAAUUUGAAAAACUUGAAGAUGAGUGUAAAAAAUUUAAUGUUGAUAUUCCAGAUGAGAUUGCAAAAAAUUUUCAACAAAAUGAAGAAACUAUUAACAAUCAAGCCAAACAAUGGCAAAUUUAUGAUGAAUUCUCGACAGAGCUAGAAAAUAUUAUAAAAGAAGAAUGGACCAUAUAUCGUCGGCGACCAUAUAUAUUUACAGAAUUUUUAUCAAAAUGGGAAUCAUCAAUAAAUUCAUCGUUAGACUUACCAUCUUCAAGAAUACGCCGCAAAGUUCAACAUUAUCAAGAAAUUUUACCAAUUUUACAGUACUUACAAUCAGAUUCUUUAACCGAAAGGCAUUGGGCUAGAAUUUUUCAACUGCUGAAUAAAGACAUAAAACCAAUGCAUACAAUAACCUUAAAAGACGUCUUGGAUAGUUCGAUUUUGUUGGAGCAAAAUUCAACAGAAAUACAAAAUUUGAUUCGUAAAGCAUCUUCUGAACAAGUCGUUCGACAAGCUCUUAAUGAACUUGACCAAUGGGCUGUUACAGCAAACUUUAAGCUUAUAUUACACUCAGACUCAUCACGGAACGACAUUUCUUUAAUAAAAGAUUAUCAAGAUAUUUUAAAUAAAAUCGGUGAUAAUCAAUCUCUUUUGCAAUCAGCUAAAAAUUCCGCAGCAUUUGAUUCAUUUUCGGAUCAAGCUGAAAUAUGGGAAGGUCGUUUAAAUACCUUGGAAUCGUUACUAACUAGUUUAUCGCAAUCACAAAGAAAAUGGAUAUAUUUGGAACCAGUAUUUGCAACUGGCACAUUGAAAUCUGAAGAAGCAAUAUUUAAACGUCUUGAUAAAGAUUUUCGUUAUGUAAUGAAAGAAAUUCAAUUAGACCCGCGAGUAACGUCAUUACUAAAAAUAAGUAACGUGACAGCCGUAAUUAAAUCAUUAGAAAAUCAACUGUCCAGAUGUCAGAGCACUUUAAUGUCGUACAUAAUGGAAAAGCGAAACUCUUUUCCAAGAUUUUAUUUCUUGGGCGACGAUGACCUGUUGGAGUUACUAGGGCAAGCAUCAAAAGAGGAAAUAAUACAAAAGCAUAUUAAAAAAUUAUUCCCAGGAAUCCAUUCGUUGUGCAUUACGAAGAAAGAUGGUGCUCCGAAUGUUAUUGAUGGUAUAAAAAGUUCUGAGGGUGACAAUAUACAACUUAAGGAAAAAAUAAGUAUGACUACAGCAAUUGAGAGUUGGUUAAAUCAACUGAUUAACUCAAUUCAAACAACAUUAAAGGAACAAAUUCAAAUUUGCUGCGAUAAAUCACCAAGUCCAUUUACGGAAGAAUUUAUGAAUAAAUACCCGGUACAAGUUUUAAGUACAACAAGAGCAAUAUUAUUUACUAAGCAAACUGAAAAAGCUAUCAUGUCGAUGUCAUUAAACAAUUCACUUAAAAGUCUUAAAGAGGAAGUUACAAAACUAGUUCAAAUAAAAAAUACAACUAAAAUUCGACUGGUUCACUUAAAAGCCAAAGAUAUUUUAUUGGAUUUAGUUCACUAUAUAAAUAUAGUGGAAGAGCUUAAAAAUAAAAAUGUUACAAAUUUGAAUGAUUGGGAAUGGUUGCAGCAAUUGAAAUUUUAUUUAGAAAAAAAUGGACAAGUUCGUAUAAAAAUGGUUUACUCGGAAUUUGAUUACUCGUAUGAAUAUUUGGGGAAUUCUAAUAAAUUAGUCAACACCAAAUUAACACAUCGUUGCUAUCUAACUUUAACCCAGGCAAUGCAAAUGGGUUUAGGUGGUAAUCCAUUUGGUCCUGCUGGAACUGGAAAAACAGAAUGCGUAAAAGCUUUAGGUGCAACUAUGGGCAGACUUGUUUUAGUUUUCAAUUGCGAUGAAAAUGUUGACACUGAAGCAAUGAAAUUAAUUUUAACGGGUUUGGCUUUAUGUGGAGCUUGGGGUUGUUUUGACGAAUUUAAUAGACUGCAGGAAGCUACAUUGUCAGCAAUUUCGAUGAUUAUUCAACCAAUUCAAAUGGCAUUAAAAGAUAAAAGUGAUUUUGUUCAAAUAUCAGAUAAAAAUAUAAAACUUAACCAACAUGCUGGAAUUUUCGUUACUUUAAAUCCAGCUGGAGAAGGAUAUGGUGGCCGCCAACAACUACCUGGCAAUAUUAAAGCACUUUUUAGACCGAUAGUUAUGCAAAAACCUGAACCUAAAGAAAUUGCCCAGAUACUAUUAUUUGUUGAGGGUUUUCAAAAUUCAAAUGAGAUUGGUAAUAGAAUUGUGGAACUUUUCGAUAUGUGUCCGAAAAUUUUAUCGUCACAGCUACAUUACGAUUGGGGCUUACGUGAAUUAAAAACUGUUCUAUUAGCAUGUGGUAAAAAUUAUCGUGAACUUACUACAAAUUCGCCAGAAGUAGAACUGCAAACAGUUGCCCAAGUUUUGAGAACAAAUACAAUGUCAAAGUUAAAUUCAAUUGAUGCAAAACGUUUUGAUAUGCUCUUGAGAUUAACUUUUCCUGAAGUACAAACUGAUAAUAAUCAAAUUUCAGUUUUUAAAGAUGUCAUUGAAAAUUGUUUCGCUGAACUAAAGCUGUAUAAAAAUGGAAAACAAUUAGAAAAAUGCAUUCAACUUUAUGAACAAUUGACUAAAAGAAUGGGAGUUGUUGUUAUUGGCCCACCCUGUUCUGGUAAAACUACUAUAAUAACAUUGUUAAAGCAUGCGCUAAAAAAACAAGGCAAACAAAUCCGAUAUUAUAUUAUAAGUCCAAAAUCAAUGAAUCGCAUUCAGCUGCUAGGUAAGCUUGAUCCUGAUACUCGACAAUGGAAUGAUGGUGUGCUAACAACAACAGCUAUAGCAGUCAAUUCUGAACCAGAAACAAUUAAUUCAUGGAUAAUAUGUGAUGGUGAUGUUGAUCCAGAAUGGAUUGAGGCACUGAAUUCAGUUUUAGAUGAUAAUCGACUUUUAACAUUGCCAUCUGGUUGGAGGAUACAAUUUGGAAAUAAUGUCAAUUUUAUUUUUGAGACACACGAUCUUUCACAUGCAUCACCAGCUACUAUUUCGCGAAUGGGAAUCGUAAAUCUAAGCGCUGAUGAUUUGCCUGAAAAAGCUAUUAUCGAAACAUUUUUAGAAAAUGAAGAAUACAGUGACAUUAUUAGAUCAUAUACCGAAGAAUAUUUGGAAAAAUCUAUUCAAUUUCUACAACCUUAUUCACAAAAAUUAUUUGCCGGUUGGAAAUUUUGUGUUCUAAAAUCUAUUUUGGAAAAUUUAUCAGGUGCACAUAUUAAAGAAGACUUUUGUGUUCGAUUAGUGCAAACAAUUUUAGGUUUUAUUAAAAGCGAAUUUCAUAAUGAAUUAGCAAAUAAAAUUUAUGAAGCGUUAGAUAUAUAUAUACCAGAUUCCUCCAGAGUUGAAUUGGCUUUUUUUAACGAAUCACGUAAUUCGAUUGAUUUCUUUGAAACAGAUUCCCGUAAUGCACCACAAUCUGAUCUAAUACAAACAAGUCAAACUAAAUUGUAUUUAAGUGCAAUAAGAAGAUUUUUAACUACCUUCACACCAUUUCUAAUGGUUGGAUCAUCAGGCUCUGGAAAAACUCUCUUGAUUCAACAUGCAGUAGCUGAAAUGUCUGGUUUUCAAUUGGUUAUAAUAAAUUGUAGUAAACAAUUAACUCCAAGUUAUGUAUUACACAUUUUAAAGCAAAAUACUGUAAUGAUUACGGGAGCAAAAGGACGUGAAUGCAAACCUCAGCAAUCUAAAUUAAUAUUAUUUUUUAAAAAUAUUGAUCUUUGCUAUAUUGACUCAUGGGGCACAAAUAGUGUUGUACAGCUGUUAUUACAAAUAUAUCAACGUGGUGGAUUUUAUUCUGAAACCUUAGAAUGGAUUUUAGUAAAUGGUUUACAAAUUUGUGGUUCAGUAUCUGAUUUAACUGUGGCAAAAAACAAGCUUUCGCCCAGAUUUCUAGCCUUACAAAACUAUUUAACGGUUAAAUAUCCAAUUGAAGAAGAUUUACAAGUUAUUCUAACUAAUCAAAUCGAACCAUUGCUAGCAAAUUUUAAAAAUCCUCCAAAUCUCAAGGGAAUUGUUGAAUGUUUAAUGAGAUUUUUCAAAGAAGUUAUUGAAACUUUUUCACAAGAUCGACGCGUUCAUUAUAGUUUCACACCUAAAAUGAUAGUGAAAAUGUUAGAGUGCUUAAAAUUUUACAGCGAAAAUUAUUUUAUAGAGGCCCUUGUUACAGAAAUAAACUCCAAAUUUCGUAACAGAUUGGUAUCUGUGGAAGAAUUAGACGAAUAUGAUCAGAUUUUGCAGUCCAACAUGAGACCGUUUUUAAAAAAUAACAACGAGAACCUAUAUUUUGUCGCCAAGCCGCAAUUCUCAUCAAUUCUUUGUUUAAAACAUGAAGAGUGGAGCGAAGAUAUAAGGAAGUCCGUAGAUAUUUGCAACACUGAAACUUAUGAGAUCCGGAGUGCAAUAACGAUGGAAUUACUAAAAUUGUGUUCAUUGUUCUCAAGAAUAUUGGUGAGACCAAAUAUAAACUUAGUUAUUAUAAGUCAAGAAGGAUCUCGUUGCAUAGAUGCGUUAUACUUGACAUCCACCAUAGUAUCAAGUAAAGUUCUUAGCUUAAAUGGCACAAAAAACUAUUCAAUGUUAGAUUUUUAUAACGAUUUGAAGUUGGCGAUGCAACAAGCCGCUACAGAAGAUCAGCUAACCAUUUUAUUGAUAGAUCAUAUUUGGAUAACAUAUUUACCUGAAAUAAUGAAUCCUCUAGAAGCAAUUUUAGAGGGAAGUGAAAUUUUAGAUUUAUUUGGUGAGGAUUUAGAAUCAAUCGCUAGUCCGUUGAAAAGUUCUGCUCAAUUAGAAGGAUAUCAAGAAUCAUUGGCAUCGUAUUUCUUAAAAAGAGUCAAAAAUAACCUUCGAGUGGUUAUUUCACUCAAUUCUGAUAGUGAAAAUAUUGAAAAAUUAUUCAUUAACUACCCUGCGUUAUAUCGCAGCACCGAACAACUGUGGAUUCAACAACCAACACCAGAAACUUAUAUUAUGCUACCAAAAAGUAACUUAGAGAUCUUAACUAACUCAAAACAUGAAAUUCCAAUUCCGAUAAAUUAUUUUAAAGCGGUUGUUCAAAUUCACUCAAAUUUAGCACCAAUUCGAUACUACCAUUUGAUUGAAGCAUUCUAUUAUAUAUUUAAAAAUUUUAAUCACGACAUUAAAGAGAAGCUUGAACGGUUAAAGGCAGGCGUUGAAAAAUUGGCUGCAGCUCAUCAAGUAGUUGCUAAAUUAAAAGCUGAUGCGAGUGUUCAGGAAGAAGCAUUAGCAGAAAAACGUAAACUUGCGAAUGAUGCUCUAGAAAUGAUAUCAACAACUAUGCGAAACGCAAAUGAUCAAAAAACAGAUUUAUUAGAAAUAAAAAGAAAAACACAAGAAAGCAGCAUUAAACUGAAACAGCGCCAAGAAGAAAUUGCCGCAGAAUUAAGUGAAGUUGAACCAAUAUUACGUGAAGCAAGUGCUGCUGUUGGACAAAUAAAAACAGAGGCACUUUCAGAAAUUCGGUCCCUAAGAGCGCCCCCAGAAACAAUUCGAGAUAUUUUAGAAGGCGUAUUACGUUUAAUGGGAACAAGAGAUACUUCAUGGAACAGUAUGAAAUCAUUUUUAGCUAAACGAGGCGUUAAAGAAGAUAUCAAAUCCCUCGACCCAUCACGAAUUUCACCAGAAAAUUGUGAAGCAGUUGAAAAACUUCUUGAGAAUAAAUCAGAAUCAUUUGAAAUGAGAAAUGCUAAAAGAGCUUCAGCCGCAGCUGCUCCAUUAGCCGCUUGGGUAAUUGCAAAUGUUAAGUACUCAAAAGUUAUUCAAAGUAUUAAACCGCUUGAACAAGAACAAAGAGGAUUAAAAAAAAGUCUUGUAGCGGCAGAAAAUCAAAUGGAGUCUUUGAAAUCUGGUCUUGAUGAUGUUGAUGCUCGAGUUAAGGAACUAUCCCAACAGUUAAAUAUUUACACCCAAGAAGCUGCUGUAUUAGAAAUAAAAUUAGAAGAAGCUCGAAAUACGCUCAAAGCGUCUGAAGUUCUUGUACAAAAACUUUCUUCCGAAUACCAUACAUGGAAUAUGCAAUUUGAAGAACAUACAAAAGAACAAAAAACUUUGGAUUUAAAAUCAUUCUGGGUCUCGUAUGAUAUAAAUUAUACUUCACACUUAAGUAUAGAUGAAAGUAAACGAAUGAAAGAAAUUCUAGCGAAAGAAUGCAACAGUUCUGAAUCUUUUGAAUUAGCUAGAAAUCUAAUAACUGAACAAGAUCAAGUUAUAUGGGAAAGUAUGGGUCUUUCUAAAGAUGCUCAAGCAAUUGAAAAUGCUGUUCUUUUGUCAAAAAUUUUAGAAUUGCCAUAUGGAUCAUGUCCUGUUCCUAUUCUUUUAGAUCCAUCGGAAACAACUCUAAAAUGGCUUCGAGAAUAUUUAAGUAGUAAAGAAAAAUCUUUUGAAUUUGUGUCUCAGAAUUUAGAAAAAAUCUCGUAUACAAUUGAACUAGCAAUAAGAUUCGGGAAAAUUUUAGUUAUUCAUGAUCUUGAAGAAAUUCUCCCACCAUUGUUGCAAUUAAUAAACUGUCGUAUUUUUUCGAAAUUUAAUAAAAAAAAUUUACAAGUCGGCAUGAAAUUUGUCGAUUACCACGAAGAUUUUCGAUUAAUUUUAGUUUCAAAAUUAGAUAAGAUUCAUCUUAAUCCAGAACUUGAAACAUUAAUUACAAAAAUUCAUUUUACCAUUACCAAAAAUGGAUUGACUGAUGAACUUUUAUCGAAAAAGAUCACAUUUAAAAAACCAGAAAUUGAAGAGAGGCGUAUUAAUUUGUUGAAAAACGAAGGAAAACUGUUAAAAGAACGUGCAAAUUUAGAAAAGAAAUUACUUGCUGAACUGAAUUCCGCUCAAGGUGAUAUUUUAAAAAAUGAAAAAUUAUUAAAAGCUCUUAACGAAAUCAAGGAAAAAGGAGCCAAUAUUGACCAGUCUUUAAGAGAAUCAUCAGAAGUUAAAAUAGCGUUACUAGAAGAAUAUAAUCAAUACAGAGAUUUUUGUCUUAAAACUGCUACGUUUUACAUAAACGCAAGCUCAGUUUACGAUAUAUCAGUUUCAGCAUUUUUGAAAAUUUAUCUUAAAACACUAAAAGUAUCUGGAGAUAUUGAAGAUGCAAAAAUUUAUAAGUACUUAAUUAAAACAACAUACCAGUAUAUAUGCAGAAGUCAUCCAAAAAACACUCAUAUUGCUAUUGGUUUACAAAUUUGUAAAGAUGCUUAUCCAGAGGCUGUCCCGACAAUUGAAUGGGAAUUAUUUGUUACAAAUUUCAUAAGCUCUGAAGAAAGUACUGAUAAUACAAAUCUUCCCAUUUGGGUAACUAAAGAACAAAAAUCUAAAAUUCAAGUUUUUAGGACUCAGCUACCUGAACUAAUUAAUAAGCUUCAGUUUGAUAAUGACAGUGAUUGGAAACGUUUUUUAAAUCGUUCGGACUAUAACGAUCAUCCUUUCUUGAAUGGAACCGUAUUCCAAAAACUUUUGGCAACACAAAUAUUCCGUCCAGAUUUUUUGUUAUUGGCGAUGAGCGAAACAAUUAUUGCUCUAAUUGGAAUCAAACCAGAUUCUAUACAACAACCAACUAUUGAUACGCUAAUUGAUGAUAGUUCUGUUUCAAGACCUGUGUUAAUGAUUACUGAAGCUGGCAAUGAUCCAUCAAAUACAAUCAAAGAAUUCGCAUUAACAAAAUAUGGGAAAGGAAGCUAUGGAGAAUUUUCAAUUGGAAGUUUAACAGAAAAUGAAAUGAUUGACAGAAUAAAAAGAGCAUCAAUAGCCGGACAUUGGAUUUGUUUAAAAAAUGCUCAUUUAAAACCAAAUCUUAUAACUAGAAUUGAUCGAGAAAUUGCACUUGUAGCUAAAAAUGCUGACAAUAAAUUCCGUUUGUGGAUAAUGACUGAUUCAAUUAAAGAUUUUCCUGAAAUUAUUUUAUAUAAAUAUGUUCGAGUCUUGUAUGAAUCUCCAAACGGUCUGAAAAUGAAAGUUCAACGGUCAAUGCAGAAGUGGGACUAUUCAAGUCUAAAUAACAACAUAAGAAUGAUGAAAUUACAUGUUGUAUUUUUUAUUUUAAAUGCUGUUUUACAGGAACGUUUAAAAUAUAUUCCACAAGGUUGGUCUAAAUGGUAUGAAAUUGGUGAUGCUGAAACUAGUGCAGCUUUAAAUGUAUUGAAAUGGAUAUCGAGCAACAAUUCUAAUAAUUUAUCAAAAAUUGAUUGGAAUAUAUUAAGGGGCCUCACAGACGUAAUUGCAUUUGGUGGGCGUAUCGAUAACAUAAAUGACUUACAAAUUUUAUGUAAGCACUUAGAAUUGUUCUUUACUGACAAAAUUAUGGAAAAUCGUUGGUCACCUUUACAAUUAAAAUUCCAAAUACCGAAUUCAAUUAGAAUACAAGAUUAUGAAGAAAUGUUAGAUCGAUUUAAGGAUCGAGAUGAUCCAGAAGACUUUGGUUUAUCGCCCAUCUCGGACGUUUUUAGAAAUAUAUCAUUUUGCAAAGAAAUUUUACACAAUUUAAGAAAUUCUUAUUUUAAGAAAAAGGGUGAAAGAACUGAGACGUAUGAGAAACGAAUCAAGCCAAUUCUUGGAUUAUGGAAAAAAUUAGCAUCAAACAUUUCUAUAGAUCAAACAUUUGAAUCAAUUGGUAAUACUGAAAAUACAUCAACGACUUCUUGGCAAAAUUUCUUGUAUUCAGAAAUGAAAAUAGCCAGAGCUCUUUAUAAAAAUAUUCAUUCUACUUUAGUUCAAGUUCAUUCUAUUAUCCGGAAACCAAAUGAAGCUGCUUGUGAUCAAAAUAUUAAAAUACUAGCUGAAAAUAAAGUUUUGAGAAAAUGGCGUAAAAUUUGGCCAACGGGACCUAAAUCAACAACAGAUUUUCUGCGAGCUGUUAUUUUACGUAUUAAAGAAACAGAGAAACGUUUUAAAAUCAAUUUUGAUAUAGAAUUUUGUGAGGAAAUUGAUUUAUCAACAAUUUUUAAUGCUUCAGCACUUUUAGCUGCAUUAAAAUUAACAGUUUCUUCAAGAUUAGGUGUAUCCUGUUGUAAUUUGAUUUUAAAAUCUAGUACAAGUGACUUAAAUAGAAAUGGUAACAGCAUGAUUGUUGUAAAAUUAGCACCAGUACAAAUUGAUGGAGCAACAUUUUCAUCAGAUAGUGAAGAUAUUAAUAAUGUAACUGGAUAUGUAAAUUUACCGUUAUAUGCGAAUAUUUAUAGAGAUUCUCAUAUAUGUAAUUUGAAUUUACCAUCAAAUAAUGACAUAGAUUCAGUUUUAUUAUCUGGUAGUGCUUUAUAUGUACCUGAUAUUCAGCAGUAA